AUGUCAUCAUCGUUAUCAUCUAUUUCGACGAUAGUCAAGUACUUAGAUAACGAUAAAAAGAAAGAAUUAGCCCUUAAUCUUUCUUUGGAGUUGAAAAAAAGUCCUGAAAACACAAAGGCUAUCUGUGGUCUCUUGGAGGAUAUAGAAGUUGAUCCAACUAGUGAGUUAUACCAAAACUUAUCAAAUUAUUCAAAUGCCGUCUUAUUCGAUGAUGAAUCAGUUGAUGGUUCACAGUUUUCAGAUGUGCUUGAGUUAAUCAAUGUCUUUCCUUUAUUACGUGAUGAUUUAUUAUCAAAAAUAGAACAACAUCUCACAUCUUAUAUCACCAAAUUCAAAUAUAACUUCCAACCAGAAAUCUUCAAUAUUAUUAAAUUACAAUUAACCAAAGCUUCAGAUGAGAACUUAUCAACCGAAUUCAUCUUGAAAUUAUUUCAAUUCUUGGAUUCAUUAUUUAUUCAUGUCAAUACAUCAUUACCUAAAUCCAUCGAUGCUAUAUUACUUACUUUUAUUGCCAAUAAUGAUGAUGACAUAUCUUCUAUUGUAUCAAAGUUGUUAAGAUGGAGAAUACAAGCCAUAUCAGAUUCAUUCAGAGGUAGUUCUACUAUCUGGGAUUUAAUCUUCAUGUUAAUCAAUACCGGAAUCAAAACUCAUAAGACACAUGCAUAUAUCUUUUGGUUAAGAUAUUUAAGUCAUGAAGAUUUACUUUCAAAUGAUGAGUUUAAGGCCAUUACAAAAACAUCCAAUUACUGGAAAGAUAUCCAAACUGCAUUAGUGAGUGAUUCUCAUGAACAUAGAAAGUACUGUUUAUCAAUUUUACAGCUCACUGUAAAAGCAGUUCAUCAUGAUAUUGAAAAUGAAUAUAUCACCUGGAAGAAUUCUCAACGUGAAAAACAUUUACACGAAUGGUCUCGAUUCGUUACUUUAUUUGAAAUCUUGGGUAUUGAUACCUCAUUACAUCAAGCUGAAGGUGGUGAAACCGAUAUCACUUCAUUAAUCUCAUCAAAUUCAUUAAUAAAUCCAUCAUGGGGAUUCUGUUUACUUUCAACUGGGUUCAAAGCUAGUAUGGAUUCAGUUAGAAAAUUCGCCCUUAAGUUACUUUUCUCUAUCCCUGAAUCAGAAUUAUAUUUAUUAAAGUAUGGUUUGGAAUAUUUAGAAGAUAUUUUCUUACCCUAUUCCAUGUUAGCUGCUCAUUUCAGUGUUAGAAGUAUAGAUCAAGUAGAAGAUUGUUAUUACGGAAAGAAAUUAGCUAGUUUCAUAUCAAAUAUCAUCAUCUCAUUAGAUGAUAAUGAUACCAGCACUGUGGUAUACGCCUUAUUUAAAGCAUUAGGUCAUCUCAAAGAUGCUUUUGAUCCAUCAAGAAUCUACGUUACCUUGGGGAUUUAUAGAGGAUUAACUGGUAAGAAAGCUUUAAAAUUUGGAAAGCAUGAUGAAUCACUUGUGAAAUUAUUUGAAACUAAUGCUGAAGGUGAAUUAUUUGAAACCACCAUACAAACUCUUAAUUUAAGAAUAUUACUUCAUUUUGAUAUCUCCAAUUCGAUUUCCACAUUUUUUGACUGUCUUCAAAAAUUCAUCAAAUUUAAUGGUUAUGCCGUAUAUCAAGACAAUAUUAGUUUGUUCCAAGAAUACUUCGCUGAUAAGAAACAAUCAUUAGAAGAAUAUCUCAAGUCGAGCCACGACGAUGAAAUUAAUAUUUUAAUUUUAUCAAUUUUACAAAAUGAAGCAUUAAUAAAUGACAAUGCAUCAGAUUUAUUAUUAGCUAAAGUAUCUGAAUCAGGUUUAAAGGUUGAUUUUGACAUUAAUAAACUCUUCUCCAAAGUUACCGCUAGUGAUGAUUUAAAAUUCGUUCAAUCAUUAUCCAACUCAAAGACAUUCAUUGCUGCUGAUGAUUCAACGCUUGUAAAUUUAUGGAAUACCAUCAAAACAGGAUUCUUAUCAGACGAUUAUCAUGUUUUAGAACUCACAUAUUAUAAAUACAAAGUAUUCAAUGGUCAAUUCAAGGUUUCAGAUUAUGAAAUCUCAUUACAAGAUUUGAUUGAAUUCAAUAACAAUUUACUUAUCAAUUCUAAAGAAAUUCCAAAGAUCAUAAAAAGCUUUUAUAAGCUUAAAGAUGAAAUUUAUGGAGAAUAUUAUGCAUCAUUGAAUAUUGCCAUGAAAAAAUCAUCAUCAUCUCUGACUGUUGAUGCCGAUCAAUUGUUAGAUUUAUUGGAUUCGACAUCUUCAAGUUUCCAUGCAAACUUAUCUACCGUACAAUUACUUCAAAAUUACAUCAUAAAUGAUACAUUAUCGAUUCCACAUGCUACCAUCGAAAGAAUUGUUCAUAUCUUAUGUGAUAUAUGGAGAAGUUUAGAUGCUACAAGAUUACAAUUGAAUCAAAAGGAUUUACAACUUUUAUUAAUUGAAACCAUCUUCAGUCCUAUUAUAUUACAUCAAUCCAUCAGUAAUGAAGAUAUUUCUGAUGAACUUUGUGAAUUUGCUAUGUCAGUUAUCAAAAACUCUCAAGGUAGAAAGAGUUUAUUACCAAAGUUAACUAAAUGUAUAUCUAACUACCAAACCUUGCAUACAUCCAACUUUGAGAAACUCGAGUGGAUCGCUCAUGUUUUAAUUGAAGCAUUCAUCGUAUAUCAAUUAACCAACAGUAGUUUCAGAUUAGAACUUGUGAUCGGGAAAUUAUUUGAUCAAGAUAUCUCGUUGCAUAAAGAUUCUCAAAUCUAUGGUAAAGUCUAUGGACCAGAAGAAAUAAGCGCUAAGAUUAAUUUAAUGGCAAUUUUCAACUCCAUCAAAUCAGAAACUUUCGCCCUUGGUGUAUUUAAAUAUAUUUACGAUAAUCAAAGUGAUUAUUAUUUAUUCCAAGUGUAUAAGAGUACAGAUGGAUUCGAAGAAUGGAGACGUAUCCAAUUAUUCACCAUUGUUUUAUCUAUCAUCGAUAAGUUUGAUUUCAGUCCUUAUUUAUCCCGAUUCAUUGAAUUAAUUGCUACUGAUCCUAGUCCUUUAGCUAGAGCUUAUAUUGAAUGGAUCAUUUCUUAUCAAUUAUUAAAUAAUGAAAGCAAGAGAGAUGAAGUCAUGGAAUCUUUGGCUUCGGGUACUUUAAAACCAGCUGUCAUUAACUCCUAUUCCAGAAUCUUAUUCCUUCUGAUUCAACAAGUUUCAGAUAAGGUAAUCAAAUCAAAAUUGAUUUCUAAAUUGAUAACACUUCUUAUAACUAGUGCUACUUCAAAUAAAGUCAUCAUCAGACACUUUUCCUUAUCAUUACUUAUCUCAGUAUAUGCCGAAAUCCAUACUGAAGAAUUGAAAGUUGAAGAAGGAUUAUUAGACACCAUCGACAAGUUAUAUGCUGCUGCGUCUCAAUCUGAAUCAUUCGGUCAAUAUAGAAGUGGUGAUGCUUUAUUGUGGAAUAUUAAAAAGGAUUUGAAUCUUGUCAGUAUGUCAGGAGGUAUAUUAUUAAGAAUAUCAGAUAGAGAUACUAUUGAUUUCAUUUCUUAUCAAGAUUAUGAAAAAUAUUUAAGUGAUGAUCAAAAGACAAUUUUAGAUCGUGAUAUUGGAAAUAAUUUCGAAAACUUAUGGGUUAGAGAAAGAAAUGCUAAACAAAGAGGAUUAGGAAAAGCAGAUGCCUCAACCCAGUCACCAUUACAGACUAAAAGUGGACAAUGGGGUGCUCUUAUGGAUGUUGAUGAAGAAACCAUUAGAGGUAAAGAAGUUGUCCGUAGUGAUCUUAUAGUUGUAUCAUCCUUAGUUGAUAAACCACCUAAUUUAGGAGGUAUUUGUCGUUUAAGUGAUGUAUUGGGUGCAGGCUUAUUAACUUUAAAUGAUAUCCAUGUUAAGAACCAUCCUCAAUUUAAGACUGUGGCAGUUACAGCUGAUCAUUGGAUGCCAAUGGAAGAAGUUAAAGAAAAAGAUAUUAGAGAUUUCUUACAAUUAAAAAAGAAAGAAGGAUAUACGUUAAUUGGUUUAGAACAAACAGAUAAAUCUAUUGAAUUAAAUAGUGAUUUAAAAUUCCCUGCUAAAUCAUUAAUAUUGUUAGGUAAGGAAAAGGAAGGUAUUCCUGGUGAAUUAUUAGCUGAACUUGAUUUCUGUGUGGAGAUAAAACAAGUUGGUGUCAUUAGAUCGAUGAAUAUUCAAACUGCUGCUGCUAUUAUAGUACAUGCUUAUUCUGUCCAACAUAAUUAA